GACGUUAUUUACCAUAACCUCCGACUUGCAACCUUAAUUACCUCUGAUAGUAUUAUACUAGUUUCGCCUACGUGUAAUACUUACUAAUCGUAAUUCAGUAGUACAUCUACAUCAUCGUGCGAAAAGUGUGAAUAAAAAUAGAGAUCGCUGGCAUUCAAUGAUUUGAAUUGUAUAGGGGAACUACAUUCUAUAAGAUAACAAUACGCAGAUAUACCUUACCGAUGGAAAAUAUAACAAGUAUUACUAACAAUGUCAUAAAAAGAUAUGAUAAUGUUUCCAGUUCAGUGCAAUUAAUGAAAACUCCCGUUUUAUUGGCCACAUAUAUAGUGCUUUACUGUGUUAUAUUCAUAUUAGGUUUGAUCGGAAACUGUCUGGUUGUAUUUGUUGUUAUGCGUAAAAAGGAGAUGAGGACUGUUAUCAACAUCUUUAUUACAAAUCUUGCUGUUUCUGAUAUUCUUUUGUGUUUACUAGCUGUACCGUUUACUCCAAUAUCAUAUUACUUGCAAUCAUGGGUAUUUGGAGAAGUUUUUUGUCGUUUAGUACCAAUGACCUUAGCCAUUUGUGUGUACGUGUCAACACUAACAUCUACCAUUAUUGCAGUUAUUCGGUAUAGAGCAAUUGUAUAUCCUUUAAAACCGCCAUUGCAGAUUUCCCACUGUUUAAGGAUUAUUUUUAUCAUUUGGCUAAUAUCAAUUUCAAUAUCAGUUCCUCUUGGAGUUUACUCGAGACUAACUGAAAAUAGAGAUGGAUCUAUCAGAUGUGUAGAAAGAUGGCCGACCGAUCAAUCAUCACGAAUAUUCAGCAUAACUUGUCUUCUGUUUCAAUAUAUUGUGCCUUGCUCCAUUAUUAUGUUUAGUUAUACAAGCGUUUCGUUAGUUUUAAAAACACGUAUUCAGUCUAAUCAUUUAAAUCAAUCAAAGACUAAAAAGCAAGAAGAGAUAGAUAUGAAAAGAAAACAGCGUACGAAUAAGAUGUUGGUCACUAUGGUUACUGUUUUUGUUUGUUGUUGGCUGCCUCUGAAUAUAACAAUUACCGUAGCGGAGUAUAUAUCGUCUUUCUCAAACUGGCACUACUACACACUAUGUUUCUUCAGUGCUCACAUAGUAGCAAUGAGUUCUGUGGUAUACAAUCCAUUUCUUUACGGCUGUAUGAGUGACAAUUUCAAAAAAGAAUUUAUGUCACUAAUGUAAAGUGGUGGUAAUUAAAGAGUGAAUAUUCAAAAUCAGUAGUAAUUAUGUCAUUUGACAAUAUCUGAUAAACAUGAUUGUUGAAGACACUAAAGA